AUGUAUACCUGUGUUCUUUUCCCAGGUGAAGUGGAGGUUCCAGAUCCAAAUGACCCUUUAGGACAACCCGAUGGACAGGACAGUCCCAGUCCUACUCUGAAAGGUUACUUUUUGAAUUUUCUGGAGCCUGUAAACAACAUCACCAUUGUCCAGGGCCAGACAGCAAUCCUGCACUGUAAAGUAGCAGGAAAUCCACCCCCCAGUGUGCGGUGGCUGAAGAAUGAUGCCCCAGUUGUGCAGGAACCCAGGCGUAUCAUUAUCCGGAAAACAGAAUAUGGCUCUCGACUAAGAAUCCAAGACCUGGACACAACAGAUACUGGCUACUACCAGUGUGUGGCCACCAAUGGGGUGAAGACCAUUACUGCCACUGGAGUCCUCUAUGUGCGGCUGGGUCCAACUCACAGCCCAAAUCAUAACUUCCAGGAUGACUACCAGGAGGAUGGGUUCUGCCAGCCAUACCGGGGUAUCGCCUGUGCGCGCUUCAUCGGGAACCGCACCAUCUACGUGGACUCUCUCCAGAUGCAGGGCGAGAUUGAAAACCGGAUCACAGCGGCCUUCACCAUGAUCGGCACCUCCACGCACCUGUCGGACCAGUGCUCCCAGUUCGCCAUCCCGUCCUUCUGCCACUUCGUGUUCCCGCUGUGCGAUGCGCGCUCCCGGGCGCCGAAACCCCGCGAGCUGUGCCGGGAUGAGUGCGAGGUGCUGGAGAGCGAGCUGUGCCGCCAGGAGUACACCAUCGCGCGCUCCAACCCGCUCAUCCUCAUGCGCCUGCAGCUGCCCAAGUGCGAGGCGCUGCCCAUGCCCGAGAGCCCGGCUGCCGCCAACUGCAUGCGCAUCGGCAUUCCCGCCGAGAGGCUGGGCCGCUAUCACCAGUGCUACAACGGCUCUGGCUCGGAUUACAGGGGGAUGGCCAGCACCACCAAGUCAGGGCACCAGUGUCAGCCGUGGGCCCUACAGCACCCUCACAGCCACCACCUGUCCAGCACAGACUUCCCUGAGCUUGGAGGGGGCCAUGCCUACUGUCGGAACCCCGGAGGCCAGAUGGAAGGUCCCUGGUGUUUUACGCAGAAUAAAAACGUACGCAUGGAACUGUGUGACGUUCCCUCGUGUAGUCCCCGAGACAGCAGUAAGAUGGGAAUUCUGUACAUCCUGGUCCCGAGCAUUGCCAUCCCCUUGGUCAUUGCCUGCCUUUUCUUCUUGGUGUGCAUGUGCCGGAAUAAGCAGAAGGCAUCGGCUUCUACACCGCAGCGGCGUCAGCUGAUGGCCUCCCCCAGCCAGGAUAUGGAGAUGCCACUCAUCAACCAGCACAAACAGGCUAAACUCAAAGAGAUCAGCCUGUCCACAGUGAGGUUCACAGAGGAGCUGGGGGAAGACCGGUUUGGAAAAGUCUACAAAGGACACCUGUUUGGGCCCACCCCGGGGGAGCAGACCCAGGCCGUGGCUGUCAAGACAUUGAAGGACAAAGCGGAAGGAGCCCUCCGGGAGGAGUUCCGGCAUGAAGCCAUGCUGCGGGCUCGGCUGCAGCACCCCAACCUUGUCUGCAUGCUGGGCGUGGUGACCAAGGACCAGCCCCUCAGCAUGAUCUUCAGCUACUGCCCACACGGCGACCUCCACGAGUUCCUGGUCAUGCGCUCGCCUCACUCUGAUGUGGGCAGCACGGACGAUGACCGCACUGUGAAGUCGGCCCUGGAGCCCCCCGACUUUGUACACGUGGUGGCACAGAUCGCUGCCGGCAUGGAGUAUCUGUCCAGCCACCACGUGGUCCACAAGGACCUGGCCACCCGUAACGUACUGGUGUAUGACAAGCUGAACGUGAAGAUCUCAGACUUGGGCCUCUUCCGUGAGGUCUAUUCUGCCGACUACCACAAGCUGACGGGUAAUUCGCUGCUGCCCAUCCGCUGGAUGUCCCCCGAGGCCAUCAUGUAUGGCAAGUUUUCCAUCGACUCGGACAUCUGGUCCUACGGCGUGGUCCUGUGGGAGGUCUUCAGCUAUGGCCUGCAGCCCUACUGUGGAUACUCCAACCAGGACGUGGUGGAGAUGGUCCGGAACCGGCAGGUGCUCCCCUGCCCAGAUGACUGCCCCGCCUGGGUCUACGCCCUCAUGAUCGAGUGCUGGAAUGAGUUCCCCAGCCGGCGACCGCGGUUCAAAGACAUCCACAGCCGGCUGCGAGCCUGGGGCAAUCUGUCCAACUACAACAGCUCGGCACAGACGUCGGGAGCCAGCAACACCACACAGACCAGCUCCCUGAGCACCAGCCCCGUGAGCAACGUGAGCAACGCCCGCUACAUAGGGCCCAAGCAGAAGGCCCAGGCCUUCCCACAGCCCCAGUUCAUCCCCAUGAAGGGCCAGAUCAGACCCAUGGUGCCUCCGCCCCAGCUCUACAUCCCGGUCAAUGGCUACCAGCCAGUGCCGGCAUAUGGGGCCUACCUGCCCAACUUCUACCCCGUCCAGAUCCCCAUACAGAUGGCGCCGCAGCAGGUGCCCCCGCAGGUGGUCCCCAAGCCCAGCUCAUGCCACAGCGGCAGUGGCUCCACCAGCACAGGCUAUGUCACCACUGCACCCUCCAACACCUCUGUGGCGGACAGGGCUGCCGUACUCUCCGAAGGCACCGAGGACACACAGAACAUUCCAGAAGACGUCACCCACAACCCUGUGCAGGAAGCAGAGGAGGAAGAGGAAGGCUCUGUCCCAGAGACCGAGCUCCUGGGAGACAGUGAUGCCCUGCAGGUGGAUGAAGCCCAGGUUCAGAUGGAAGCCUGAGUGGCCUGCAGGGCCCAGGGCACCGGGAGAGAAGUUCCUGCCCCAGCUCACUGGAACUUCAGCCGGCAGCCACAGCAGAGCCCCCAGGACUGGUUUGCAGACUUUACUUCCUGAGACGGGGUGAAAUCCCGCCCUGGAUUGUCUGUUCUCUGCACUGAGAGCUGCCACUGUGACCCCCAGAUUGGGCUGCAGGCCCACGGGACCGCUUUGGAAGCAGGACACGGUGACCCCACGGCACUGCCUGCUUAUCCUGGUGGUAGAUCCAAAGGGAGCUGUGUCAUCUCUGUUCCAUGUUGUAGAUGGAUCAAGUUAUUUCCAGACUUGGAGAAAACAGGGCUACUGGAGGUGAUGGAGAGGCACCUGGGAUUUGGAGAUUCUCAGCAAGCUGGCCUGCUGGCUUGAGGCUGGAGGCUGCUAAUUCCCUCAGCUGCCUUCUUCUGGGACUCUGAGCCGCUAGAGAUAAAUAGGGACAGGACACUGCCACCUUCCAGGGACUAAGGAGAAAGGGGCUUCUGAAAUUUGGAGCCCCCCCUUGAAUUUAAAAAGAAAAGCAGUAUGUGCCUUAACACAAACCGACAAAGCCUUGUAAUUUUGUGAAAUGAUUUUAAUUAUAUUUGCAUAUAUGUGGUGCCCACAAUUCCAGAAUUGGAAAAAGUAUUUCUUGGCUUUCAGAUGUUCAAAAGGAAGCAAUCUUGUACAGAAAACAGCAUUGUUAUUUUUUUUUAACAAUCAUGUACAGACCUUACGUGUAAUUUAUAUGGGGUUUUCCUUUGUUUGGUAUACCAUUUUCAUGGAAGUAUUUGAUCUUAAAUAAUGACUUAAUAAUUUAACUGUUUACAUGAUCCACUUGGGGAUGCUAUCAAGCUGUGGUUUUGAUGUGCUGAUUUUUUGUGCCACGUGUAAGCCAGGUCCAUUCAUUUCAGAAUCCCCGUCACACAAAAGCUCACAGGCAAUGCCGCUGCCUGUACCUUGAAUACCUUGUCAGUUCUGUUUGUAAAUCUCAUGGCUGGUGUAUCCAAUAAA